AUGUCCAAUAAUAAAUCGGAAAAUAUUAUUGAUCCUCGUAAGAUAAUUCCUAAUAAUUUUGGUGAUGUUAUGUCGUCGAGAGCAACUUCGUUGCUAUUACCCGAUGAAUUUUCUGGGUUAGAAAGAAUUUGUUUAACUGCCAAUGGAAAUUUACAAAGAAUAUUAAGUUCUUGGUUUAAUAAAACAGUUAGGGUAGACAUUGUAAAAAACAAUAUGGUUGAUACUAAAACAGAUUUACAAGUUAAAACCUCGGUCACUAUAAAUGAAACAAUAAUUUUGAAUAAUGAUGUUAAUUAUAACAAUAAUACAAAAAAAAAUGAUGAUAAAAUAAAACCAAUCUUAAAAAGAUUUGAUAGAGAAGUAAAUCUUAUUUGUGAAGAUAAAAUUGUUUGUAAUGCUAAAAGUGAUGUUAUUAUUAGAGAUUAUAAUAUUGUACAAUUAAUUGAAAAUGAUGGUUUCGGAAUUGGUCAAUUGUUUAGGUAUCUGGAUAAAUUACCAUCGUUUCAUUUACAUUAUAUUGGGAAGAACACAAAAAUUUGGUGGAGAGAAUAUUCUUUGCAUAUUUCUGGCGUUGAGUGUUAUAUCAAAGAAACAUUUCCAAAUAAUUUAUUUGAUAAUGAUUGGUUAAAUGGAGAUCACAAUGAUUUAUUAAAGGUGAACGGAUGUAAUGUUGAUGAUGAUGAUUUUAAAGUAUGGAAAUUAGAAUAA